UUAUUGAUCAACACAAUCGAAAACAUGUCGCAAGGAAAAAUCAAAAUACAGAGGAAACGACGAGGAUGACUGUUCGAACAAGUUCAUGUAUAGGGUGAUGGCCAGUUUCUGUUACCAGUACCUGUCCAUCGUAGCCAAUGACUUCAUCUUCUUCAGUGGAGAUGUGCAGACCACCACUAUAGCAGUGGCCAUAGCCAGCUCCUUGUGCUACUCAAUAGUGUGGGCUAUAUACUACAUAGUACGUUUGGCACAUCCUCGGCAUCGGAAGGAAAAUGGCCGCAGAAAGUCGACCACCUCUCUCGCCUACUUACCAAACAUGGGAGCCAAGUUUACCAUUAAAAGACCAAAAACAUCUACGACGGGUCUGUAUCCAGAUGUGAUCAAUUUUGAGACUGUCCUGUGUAGUCAGGUGGAGGUGCCUUGUGUCAGAUGCAGUAAAAACUUGGCAGAUCCCCAGUGCCGUUUUGUGACGUGUAAAGUAUGUUGUUUCUGUCGCGAGGCCUGCAGCAUACACAAGCAUCCCUGUGACCUUGAAUGUCGUCCCUGUGAUCAUCUAGGUGUUGUUACAGAGAUCAAUCUCAGUGAGUGCCAAAUCAGUCAGUGCCCGGAAAGGAUUGGUUAUUUUGGGUCCCAAUUGUCACUUCUGAAUCUGUCUGGCAAUAACCUCGGAGAAAUACCCGAGGAAAUUGGCUGUCUGCGUGGCCUUAAAGAAUUUUAUUUACAGAAGAAUAGCAUUAAAAUUCUACCAGCAACUCUGGGGUCCUUGACCAAUCUCCAGAUACUGACUGUGUCUUCUAACAAAAUUACUUCUUUACCUGAUUUUUGGUUGUCAUUAUCUAACUUACAACACCUAGAUGUCAGUAGUAAUGAGAUUAGUGCUGUGCCAGAUUCUGUACGUCAUCUAAGGCAUCUUCGCACUUUGUUGUUACAGCACAACAAAUUUUCUACCAUUCCAGACAAAUUGUGUCAGUUAAAUGAGCUACAGAAAUUGGAUGUGAGUGAUAACUGUCUGGACAGUGUGCCAAAUUCUCUCGGAGGUCUGCUGAGACUGGAGGAGUUUCUCGCUGUGUCCUGUAACCUAGAUACAUUCCCUAUGUCCCUGUGUCAAUGUCCCAGCCUCAGGACCAUCAAUCUUUCCAGAAACAGGUUAAAAGUGAUUCCAGUUGAAGUGGGUAGGGUAGGUAACCUAAGGGAGCUGAACGUGUCCUAUAACAGCCUACAGUACCUACCUGCUACGUUACAUAUCAAUCAUCUUCAUGUUUGUGAUAUUUCAGAAAAUCCAUUCCUGACAGAAGCUGACCAGUCUGACGUCCAGUCCCUAACCCAAGGUCCAUACGAGACUGGGAGUGUUCCUGCCCUUUUUGAGCUGGCCUUCCGGACGGUGGUGUCUGGAGAUAGUCCCCACUAUGACCUUACAGCCUUGCCACUUAUUCUACAAGAGACUGUAGGAGAGAGGAAGACUUGUACAUCUUGUGGAGUUGUCUUCCUGGACCUGUACCGGUCCUCCCUGCACUUCCAGCAGUUCUCACAGGGCCACAUCCCAUUCCUGUCCCAACUCUGCUCCGCUGCCUGUGCAGCUAUCAACUCCUGACUGGGUCUGAUACAUACAGCUAUCAACUCCUGACUGGGUCCGAUACAGACAGCUAUCAACU